GUUAAAGAAGAGGCUCCUGAAGAACAGAGUCCUGAUGUGGAUCAGAAGGAGCCAGAGCCCCUCCAGAUAAAGGAGGAACAGGAGGAACUCUGGACCAGUCAGGAAGGAGAGCAGCUCACUGUGAAGGAGGAGACUGAUACCAGGUUUCCAUUAACUGCAGCUCCUAUCAAGAAUUUUAAAGAAGAGGCUCCUGAAGAACACAGUCCUGAUAUGGACCAGCAGGAGCUGGAGCUCCUCCACACAAAGGAGGAAAGUGAAAGAAUCUGGGCCAGCCAGGAUCAAGAACAACUGAAUGUGAAGGAGGAGACUGAUGAUACCAGGUUUCCAGUAACUGUUGUUCAUAUGAAGAGUGAAGAGGAUGAAGAGAAACCUCUGCUCUCUCAGCUUCAUCAACACCAGACAGACGACAGAGAUCUUCCAAGCAGCAUCUCAACUGACCAGAUAAAAGCAGAAAUUAAAGAAGAGGACUCUGGAACAUCAGUAUCCAGCAGGAACCCAGAUCUAAAUACUCAUGGAUGCUCUUCCAACUAUUUAGAGACUAAAGACGGUGAAGAUGAUGAAGGGGAUGAUGAUGUGAAGCAUCAUGAAUCUGGGCUUAAACGCUUGUCAGACUCUGAAACUGAAGACAGUGAGGAGGAUUGGAAGGAGAGCAGGACUCCAGGGUCUAGCAGAAACGCUGUCAACAAAUCUUUGAGCUGCUCUAAGUGUGGGGGAAAAUUUGCUAACAGACGCUCUCUUCAGAGUCACAUGACAUGUCAUCCAAGAUUAACGUCUUCAGAUUGUUCCGGUAAUGAGACUUGUUUCAGAGAAAAGAAAAUUAUAGAUUCACUGACCAAAGGUUUUACCAGGAAAUAUGAUUUAAAACAACACACAACAGUCCACACUUGGGAGAAACCCUUUCUAUGUGAUGCAUGUGGAAAAAGAUUUGCCUACAAGUCAGAUUUAAACAUACACACGAGAAUCCACACAGGAGACAAACCCUUUGGUUGUGAUGCAUGUGGAAAACGAUUUGCAGUCAAGUCACGAUUAAACACGCACAUGAAAAUUCACACAGGAGAUAAACUGUUUGGUUGUGAUGCAUGUGGGAAAAGAUUUGUCUCCAAGUCAUAUUUAAACAAACACAUGAGAAUUCACACAGGAGAUAAACCCUUUGGUUGUGAUGCAUGUGGAAAAAGUUUUGUCUCCAAGUCAAAAUUAAACACACACAUGAUAAUUCAUACAGGAGAUAAACCUUUUGGUUGUGAUGCUUGUGGAAAAAGAUUUGCAGUCAAGUCACAAUUAAACACGCACAUGAGAAUUCACACAGGAGAUAAACUGUUUGGUUGUGAUGCAUGUGGAAAAAGAUUUGUCUCCAAGUCAUAUUUAAACAAACACAUGAGAAUUCACAAAGUAGAUAAACCUUUUGGUUGUGAUGCAUGUGGAAAAAGAUUUGUCUCCAAGUCAUAUUUAAACAGUCACAUGAGAAUUCACACAGGAGAUAAACCUUUUGGUUGUGAUGCAUGUGGAAAAAGAUUUGUCUCCAAGUCAUAUUUAAACAAUCACAUGAGAAUUCACACAGGAGAUAAACCUUUUGGUUGUGAUACAUGUGGAAAAAGAUUUGUUUUCAAGUCACAAUUAAACACACACAUGAGAAUCCACACAGGAGACAAACCGUUUGGUUGUGAUGCAUGUGGAAAAAGAUUCGUCUCCAAGUCAAAAUUAAACACACACAUGAGAAUCCACACAGGAGAUAAACCGUUUGGUUGUGAUGCAUGUGGAAAACAAUUUGCAGCCAAGUCACAGUUAAACACACACAUGAGAAUUCACACAGGAGAUAAACUGUUUGGUUGUGAUGCAUGUGGAAAAAGAUUUGUCUACAAAUCAAAAUUAAACAAACACAUGAGAAUUCACACAGGAGUUAAACCAUUUGGUUGUGAUGCAUGUGGAAAAAGAUUUGUCUACAAGUCAAAUUUAAACAAACACAUGAUAAUUCACACAGGAGAUAAACCUUUUGGUUGUGAAGCAUGUGUUAAAAGAUUUGCCUACAAGUCAGAAUUAAACAAACACAUGAGAAUUCACACAGGAGAUAAACCGUUUGGUUGUGAUGCAUGUGGAAAAAGAUUUGUCUUCAAGUCACGAUUAAACACACACAUGAGAAUCCACACAGGAGACAAACCGUUUGGUUGUGAUGCAUGUGGAAAAAGAUUCGUCUUCAAGUCAAAAUUAAACACACACAUGAGAAUUCACACAGGAGAUAAACCGUUUGGUUGUGAUGCAUGUGGAAAACAAUUUGCAGUCAGGUCACAAUUAAACACACACAUGAGAAUUCACACAGGAGACUUACUUUGCUUGUGAAGCAUGUGGAAAAGGUUUUGCUUCAAAAUCAUAUUGAUACAAACACAUGACAAAUCCACACAGGAGAGAAAAAAACAUUUAGUUCAGAUGCUUGUGGCAACUUCUUUGCCUUCAAGUCAUCUUUAAACAUACACACAAGAAUGUUGGACCAAUUGUUUGCUGACUAUUGGACCAUUUGCACGUUGCUGGACGCCACCAGGCCUCCUGGCGUUUUCGGCCAUUUUGUAUCCAGGACAUUGCGACUGAUAUGACGGGGCGCCCCAGUCUGUCGUCACAGGACGUUAUAUAGGAAGGCACCCAUUUUGACCAUUCACCUUCAGAUGAAGACCAUGUCCGGUUACCAACAUCUGAAGCAUCAUCUGGAGAAGAGUCCCGAGUGGAUCUCAUUUAUUCUCUCUCAUUGGCCAACGAAAAAGUCAUAAAAGAGGUUUCUGGAAUAAGAAGGCCAGAAAUUGCAC